AUGCAGCGCUGGCGCGAUGAGGUCAUCACCAACCUCGGCGGCGAGCCCGGGCCGAGCUUUGUCUACAACCCCGAAGAGUCCCUGCUGCCUGCCGGCGCCGGGGGACACGACAGCAACCUCAGCAUUCCGGAUUCCGAGGAGGACCCGUCGGCCGGCCGGCCUGCGGCCCCCAUGCCCACCCCCGGCCCGUCGUUGGCCGCGGCCCCGGGCGGCGAUCCGCGCGGCGGCAGGCUCCCAGCCAUUGUCAUCAUCGGCAACAAGAUCGAUCUCGAGUCCCAGCGCGAGGUGUCCACGGCCGAGGCCGAGGCCUACGCCAAGUUCAUUGGCUGCACCUACCUGGAGACGUCGGCCCGGACGGGCGAGAAUGUGCUCCUCUGUUUCGAGACUCUCGUGCGCUCUAUUCCCCAUGAGCAGGAGGCUCCGCCGGCGCAGCCCUCCGUCAAUUUGGCCGACGAAUCGGCCGAGGCCAAGCGUGGCUUCUGCUGUUAG